UAACCUCCCUCCGCGGUUUUAAAGCAGUGUUGUCAGUGUUAUUACUGUUGCCGGUACUUCGGCGCGUAACGUUCGGAUAACAUUAAAGCGCGAUGUACCGCGAUAAGUAUAUUUUUCAUUGUAAAAAGGAUAGAUGAGUUGUUGCAUUAAUAAAUAACGAUAAAGCUUGAACAACGUGCCAUCAGUAAAAUAGAAAAUUGUACGAUAUGAGUGAGGGUUGAAUCGAAAUGAUGAGACGUAAUGUUAUAAGUCUCCUCAAAUUCUUCACAUUAGCGGUAUUUACCGUGUUUCUUACCGUCAUUAUUUUUCGUUAUAUAAGACGACCACAUAAUCGAGAAUCAACGACAGAACAGUUCCCAUUAUUGAUUGAAAAUGAAGGAAAAUUUCCGAGAGACUUGUCACGACGUUUUAACGAACCGAAUGAGGAUGAAAAAAUCGAUUGGCACAAUUACAAACAGAUAGAAGAAGAUGGAAAAAGAAUUGGAACAGGAGAACAAGGAAAACCAGCAUUUUUAUCUCCUUCUCUCGACAAGUUAAAGGAAAAAUUGUAUAAAACUAACGGUUUCAAUGCGGCUUUAAGCGAUGAAAUAUCUAUGAAUCGUUCAAUACCUGAUAUUAGGCAUCACGAGUGUAAAAAAAAGAAAUAUUUAAAGACAUUAGAUCCUGUCUCCGUGGUAAUAUCUUUUCAUAAUGAACACUUUAGUACAUUAAUGCGCACAUGUUGGAGCGUUAUCAAUCGUUCUCCUCCUUCGCUUCUCAAUGAGAUUAUACUAGUCGACGAUGCCAGCACAAAAGUAGAAUUAAAAAGCAAAUUGAACGAUUAUAUAAAUAAACAUAUGCCAAAGGUCAAGAUAAUAAGAUUACCAAAACGAUCAGGAUUAAUAAGAGGUAGAUUGGCUGGUGCUAAAAAAGCAUUAUCAAAAAUUCUUGUCUUCCUAGAUUCACACAGUGAAGCUAAUGUUAAUUGGCUACCACCGCUUUUAGAACCGAUAGUUCAAGAUUAUAAGACUUGUGUUUGUCCCUUUAUCGAUGUAAUAGCGUAUGAGACAUUUGAGUAUAGAGCUCAAGAUGAAGGUGCUAGAGGUGCUUUCGAUUGGGAAUUGUAUUACAAACGUCUACCAUUACUUUCAGAGGAUUUAAAACAUCCUGCAGAACCUUUUAAGAGUCCUGUCAUGGCUGGUGGUCUAUUUGCUAUAAGUACUAAAUUUUUUUGGGAACUAGGUGGUUACGAUUCUGGAUUAGAUAUAUGGGGUGGAGAACAAUACGAAUUGUCAUUUAAAAUAUGGCAGUGUGGUGGCCAAAUGUAUGAUGCACCUUGUUCGAGAGUUGGUCAUAUUUAUAGGAAAUUUCCACCUUUUCCUAAUCCUGGUCGUGGUGACUUUUUAGGAAAAAAUUAUAAGAGAGUAGCUGAAGUAUGGAUGGACGAAUACGCGGAAUAUAUUUAUCGUAGGCGUCCUCAUUUACGUUCAUUGAAUCCAGGAAAUUUAACGGAACAAAGAAAUCUUCGAAAGAAAUUACAUUGUAAACCAUUCAAGUGGUUUAUGGAUAAUGUAGCAUUUGAUCUUGUUGAAGUAUAUCCACCGAUAGAACCGGAUGACUUUGCUUCAGGAGAAAUUAGAAAUAUGGGUGCACCAGAGUUAUGUUUAGAUGCUAAAAAGAUGAAGAAAGAUGAAGUUAUAACGGUAGAUGCUUGUAUAAAAGAUAAUCCGAAAUUAUCUGGCGAACAAGAAUUUAAAUUGACGUGGCACAAAGACAUUAGACCAAAAGAUCGCACAGAUUGUUUAGAUGUAUCUAGAUCGGAUAUAAAAGCUCCUGUAAGCUUAUAUCCUUGUCAUGGAAAACAGGGUAAUCAAUUAUGGCGAUACGAUGUAGAAAAACAAUGGUUGAUGCACGGUUAUAUACCAAGAUGUUUGGACACGGAUCCAGGUAGUAAAAAGGUUUACGUGACUGCAUGCGAUCAGUCAUCUCCUACUCAAAAAUGGAGAAUAGAAAAUGUCAAUAUGAAAGCUAUUAAUAAUUGGGAAAAUGUGGGACCAAAGCUCCGAUAAAUUUUUUCUUUCGUAUUGCCAUAAAAUGCCAUUAUUUUAUAUCAUCACAUUGAGUUUUAUUUUUUAAGUGCUGCUGCUGCAAUUUUCGAUUUAAUGUAAAUAUUGGCAGAUAUUGCUGUUUCCAACUAGUCAUUCUACGUUGUGUGUGAGAUUUGAUUAUUGUUAAAAUACUUUAAUCAAUUGACAGUUUGUAGAUAUUAAAAAUGACAAUUUACGUUCUACGUGAA